AUGGCGGUUGUCGGGGUCUCUUGGGGAACCAUCAAAUCCCUCCUGAUUUUCUUUGGUCCAAUCCUUCUCCCACGAGUAAUUGGCGCUUACCGUGCGCUGCGAGUUUCCAUCGCAACUCGCCCUCCACCGCGCCCUGUCCCUAUCGCCGCGAAUCGAGUGCUGAACCUGUUGUUUGGAAGCAUCGUCCUCUUCCUCAUCCUAAGCUUGCCUUUCAACCCUCACGCACCCGAAGCAAACAUCUUCAGUCUUACUCGCUCACGCCUCAACACCCCGGCCGAUGUGAUCUUUCACCGACUAUCGAGGGUUCGAUCCAGCAACUUGCUAUCGGACGCCGAUGAACUGCUUCGAGACAAGCUCACCUCUCUAGGUGCUCGCAAGGUCUACCUCACCUAUGGCCCUGAUGCUUUGACCUCAUGCCAAUUCUGCUCAUACGAUAAUCUCAACACCUACUUCUUAUACUACCUCCCCUCCAACAUACUCCUCCCACAUCUUGUCCAUCUGUUGAUCCUCGGAGUCGCUACAUCCGCACCAUUCGGAGGACAAGAAUCCGGCCGUUGGCGCACCAAGUUCACACUCGCUGGUCUGGCAUUGACUGCCCUGGAUCUCUGGGUCGUUUUUUCCUACGAUGUGGUUCAGUCUGCAUCUCCCGCUGUGCGAGCAGGCCAGGUCCCUCCGAGCAGUCUCUACAACUUCAUGGCCCUCAUACGGCCACUAGCAUUUACAAUCUGCGACACCGCAUGUGCCCUGAUCAUUUACUUAGCGUCCACCAACCGAUUCUUCUUUAAACCGCCAUCUCCGAUUGACCAGCUCGACCAGGCGGUAUCGGCCGCUUUGACCGCAGCCCAAGGUGCUAAUACAAAGCUUCACGCGGCCAAUGUGGCUCGAAAUGCGGUCGUGCGGGACAAAGCGCUGAAAUCGCGGGACGAUGUCUACUGGCAAACGGUGGUGGCUGCAGAGAAUCCGGGUCGCCAGAUUGAGGACAAUUCCUCCGCGGGCGAAACUGGUAGAGUUGUGAAUAAUAUCUGGGAAGAAGAAGAAGUUGCUCGCGCCAUGUCUCGAGCAAUGGCUGGUCAAGGAGGGGUGGAUUUGGCACAGCUGGGGACUCAGGCGAAUGAGUUUGUUCGUGGGGUGACGGAAGGUUUGGACUAA